AUGGCGUCUACGGAAACCGUGAAACUCUUCUGGAAAUGCUGCGUCCCGAACGACGGCGACAUCGUCGAACUAUGUGAGAGCUUGAUGAUCAAAAGCGCGCUCAAGCAGGUUCCGACACUGCUAUUGUUCGCGGAGUCAGGCUUCGCAGAGGGUGGGAUGAUACCGACGUUGGGGGGAGGUGGCCCCACUGGAGGAGGAGGCGCUGUUGGAGGAAAUGGACAGAGGAGUGGUUUGAUCAGCGGAAAGAGAAGCGCAUAUGGCAGUGGAUAUGGGAAUGGGAGCAAGCGGGCAGGGUCAGCGAAGUGGGUAUGGGAAUGGACAGAAAAGCGCGCACGGAACUGGGAGCGGAGAACCAUCUACCAAUUGUUUUAUACGCUUUGGAGGCUCGGAGGAGCAGCUGUCGCGCUGAGAUUAGUUCAGGCAAAGACUCCCCAUGAACUUUCUAGAGCACUUGGCGUGGUGACGGACGGGAUGAAGAACAGUAGCUAUGACAUCCUUGCGGAUACACUUCGUUCCAAGGCAGAUAUGAUCAACAUGAUCAGCUCUGAGACGGUUUUUGAGUUUUUCGGUUUGAACUCCCGGUCUCCAGAGUAUGUUCUUCCAAUCUUCCAUCCUUCCUCAAUCCUUGGCUUAUACUGCUACCGCCAAUCAACCAUCGUCAACACCGCUAACCGAGCUCUAGUACUUGAUUUUGAACUAUGGUGCCAUACUCGAAAAGACAUUCAACGUGUUCACUUGGAACAUUUUCUCACUCUCCUCGAAUCAAGUCGAUAUAGACAGUUCAAGGUCAAGCAGCAGUUCGCCAAAAUCGGACUAGUACGAAGAUUGCUUUUCGUGUUACAGACGGAUUGGUACAGUGAUGUCCAUGGCCCGGAUUCUCAAAAUCCGGAGUCUACUUUGCCCUUCCUGAUGGACGCACUGAAAGCUGGUGCAAAAGCGCUGUGGACGAAGGAUGAUGCAAUCAAGCCUUUGGUGUCGUAUUUAGCUGCUAAUCUGCAGCUAAUCUGCAGGAAGGAAGAUUCGUCGUUGCCCAGAAUGAGUCAGGACGCUGCGGAGCAGAACAUCCAGAUGUGGAAUGUCAAGAAGCUCAUCCAGAGCCUUGAUUCUGCCAGAGGAGCUUUUUUUACACGUUUACAUCCGUUACAAGCACAUCAACGAGAGGCUGUCACCAUUUGUCGACGGCGCUUUUCCUUCGCAUCGGGACUUCGCAACACCCACGGCUACAAUCCAUUGGCUGCCUUCCACACAGCUCCGGGACCCCUACGCAAUCACACACAGCGCCAUCUCUCGCACCCUCCCUUCAAGGAUCUCUAUCUUUCUUCCUUCACGAUAAAUAUGCGUCGGUCGUUCGAGGAAUUACAAUGGCGCUACAACAAGCGCGAGAUGCGGAGGAUUUCGGAUACAGAUGGGGAAGGAUAUCUUUACGCCUUUGUCCAUCUCAAUGUGUGGAAGGUGGGCAUGUCGAAGGACUUCAUUCGUCGGCGAGAAGAAUGGGAUAGAGAUUGUCCUGACUCAUGGAGGAUAUGGCUUCCGCCAAUCCGGGUCGCUAACAGGCGAAGGGCGGAGUCGUUAGCGCAUCUUUUGCUCGAGAUGGCGUGCAUUGAUCGCCCGCGUCAACGAAAACACAUCGAACAAUUCGUUUUCUCCGAAACUUUGCCCAUCGUUUGGAGUACGAUCGUUGAACCUAUUCUAUUAUGGGCUGCUGUCGCAUGA